AUGGAGGCGCGGGCGGAGAAGGGCGAGGAGGGCGCCGGGGCGCGGAUCACGGCGCAGCUGCUGAAGGCCAGCACCGGGCAGUUCGCGCUGGACUCCAUCCUGCUGCUGAGGCUGCGCGGCCGCGGCAUCGCCGACCUGGGCUGCCUGGGUGACUGCGCCCACCUGGAGUGGCUGGACCUCUCCGGCAACGCCAUCUCGCAGCUGGGCCCGCUGGCCGGCCUCAAGCAGCUGGCCGUGCUCAACCUCUCCCGCAACCGCGUCUCCAGCCUGGAGCCACUGGGCUCCUGCGAGAGCCUCCAGAGCCUCAACCUGGCGGGCAACCUGGUGAGCAGCCUGCAGCAGCUGCGCUGCCUGGCCGGCCUGCGGCGCCUGGAGAGCCUGCGGCUGCGCGACGCCCUGGGCCAGCUCAGCAACCCCGUCUGCGCCGCCGCCGCCGCCUACCGCGCCGCGCUGGCCGAGGCGCUGCCCGGCCUCAAGGCCAUCGACGGCGAGCGGGUGUCGGGCCGCGGCAGCGAGCUCUUCCAGCUCUGCCGGGACCUCGACAGCUCGCUGGGGCACGGCCCCGGUCCCGCGCCGCCCCGCGCCGCCCAGCCCUGGGUGCAGGCGAGUUUCUGGGAGCCGCCGCCGCCCCGGCGCAGCUCCGUCGUAGAGGAGGCGUACAAGCAGUUCGGCGAGGCGCUGCAGGAGUGCCGGGAGCUGAGCCGGCGCGCCGACGACACCAUCGCCCAGGCGGAGCGGGCGCUGAGCGUCCGCGGCGACCCCAGCUCCUACGUCUUCUGAGCGGGGAAGAGACCCGGUCCCGGAGCCCCGCACGCCACCGUCCCGCCCCGUCCGCCCCCAGCCGGGGUCCCCGAGGAGCCACGAAGCCGGCCUCGCCUCCGGGCUGCUGCGGUGCCCGAGCCCCACUCCGCUCUGGAG